GCGGCGGCGGCGAUUUUACUUGUUGCUGUGACCGGGCAUCUACACCAGUAAACACACAGCCCGACUCGAUCGCGACGGUCCAUCGCCGACGCCUAGUGUAUAGUUGACAACAGCCUGUUGUUCUGCGAUAGGGCAAUGAUGCGGAGAGCUUCCAGAUUGUGUUGGUCGCCAGCCGUGGUGGUCGCGGUGCUGGUGUCAGUGUGGGGUGUGGCGCAUGCGAACUCCUAUCCCGCAGAGGUCAUUGAGCUGACUGACGCGACCUUUGAGCACGACACGCAAGCGAGUACGGGCCAGACGACGGGCGUGUGGGCUGUGCUGUUCACGGACAGCACCGUGGCCCGCUUUGACCGGGCAUCCAUCGUGGUUGAGCAGCUGGCUCAGGAGGAGGAGAAGGAGGUCAUCUAUGCCCGGGUGGAUGUGGCGCGCAAUGUGAAGGUGGCAAAGCGCUUCGGUGACGUGGUGUUCCUGCCCUGCAUCGUGCUCUUCCGCGACCGCCAGAUGUACGUGUUUGACAAAAACUUCGAGAACCCUAGUAUCCUGGAUGAGGUCCGCACCUUUGUGGAGAGCGGCUACGCCAACGCGGAGCCCCAGGACGUGCCGGCGGUUAACGAGAGGCGGCUGGACCCCGAGGCAUUCAAGGCGUCGACCGAGAUGGACUCAAAGACGGUGUUCUGGGCCGUCAUCAUGAUUCUGGGGGGGCUUAUGUUCCAGGCGUGGGCCAUUAUGAACAAGGACAAGUUUAAGCCGGAGCCAGAGCAGGAGAAGGAGAGCCAGGCGGCGGCGGCGGCGGCUGGGGGCGAGAAGGAGGGGGGCGCGGCCGCGGUUCCCAAGGGAAAGGCGGCUGCGGCGUCCAAGGGAACACCAAGCAAGGGCGGCAAGGCCAAGGCUACGUAGUUGUGUGGACUGCAGAGGCGUGUGGUGUUGGUGGCAAUCUUGUAGGGGUGGGGGUGCGGCCUGACGGUGAUGAUCACUGAUCAGGCGUGAGCCAUGAUCGGAUGCGCUGCGGACGUGCGUUGAAGUGUCCGGUCAUUCACACUAGCGUGCAUGCAAGCCCUUUCUCGGUGUUUACAUGAAGCGGGAUCGGUGCUCCAAGGAGGAAACGUGUAAUGUUACGGAGGUGGAAGUGUGGAACGGAUGCAGGUUUACGGGCGCGGAGGUUCCGACUUGACGCUAGUGUCGGUACCGUAUUGGCAGGGUGGUCUGUGGAAUUGCAGAGAGGGAUAGGGGUUUUGGGCAAGCGUGUGCCCUACUGCCCUGUGCUGUGGCCCGAUGAAACCGGAGAGGGGAGGAACCCCAGGCCCGGCUCACCGCAAACGCUAGCGCUGCUCACCGAAGCCAUGGGUCGGCGUCAUAAGGCUACCUCUUGCGAGUCCCUCAGCUGACAAGCUAGGGUGAGGCCGGUGGCGAGUCCGCGAUUGGCCCUACAAAGA